AUGAGAGGAUCCCGUUUGAUAAGCCAUUCGCAUCAGCAGCGAAAUUGAAAUAGCAAAGCAAGAUCAUUGAAUAUUUGGCAUCGGAAGAGAGAAGCUCGACUUGUGCGACGCCAAAUUAAAUAAAAACGCAACCAAAAACAGCUCUUAUCAGUUAUGGAGCUUAAGUCACAGGUCUGGAUGAAGUGCGGUCUUCUCUUCACCCUGGUCAUGAUGGCGAUCUUUGUAGAGUCUGCACACACAGAUGGCGAGGAUAAGCUUACGCCGAAAGAAAUAUUUAAUAUUGAGCGACGAUUGCGAAAGGAAAUAGAGCAGAUAGAUGAGUAUGAAAAAGCGGUAAAUGUCACGUACAUAAGACUUCCGGCGUCUGCCGUGGAUCCAAACAGUCGUUUAGGGAUAUUAAGUCGAACGUAUUAUAGAAACGACGUACAGCUUUCACUGAACAGGCUAUUAUUGGAUUUCAGCACAUUGUUGGAAUAUACACGCGAGCCUACGUAUGCGGUAUUGAUAAAAAAAAUUUGCAGAGAAACAGAUUUUAAGAAAAAACUCAGAUAAAAGUUUCAAUUUCGGUUUCCAUAUUACUUUUUACUAUAGAUUUGAUAGUUUUGUAGCAGAGCUGGCGAAUGGCAAUCAGCUAAACCCCAAUAUUACAUGCAGGGCUCGCCAUUCGCCCCAGCAAUUCCUUUACUCGUUCUAUAUGAAUAGCGUGCUAUACGCAGCAAAGGAAUACGCCUUAAUUCAGUGGUCCAAUCUAAACCUACAUAAGACGGCAGGCGGUUCUUAUGCCUUUUAUGAAAAAGUAGCUAGGGAAGAAUACGGGAAGAGGUUGGAUCGUGCGCAGACUGUGAUAAAGGAUCUUAUAGUCACCGAGGAUCGCAAAGUUUGGCGCUGCGAUCCGGAGGAACACAAGCUGGGGGAAACCUACGAGAGGGUCACCCGCUUCCUGCAAGGAUAUAUCACUAAUGAGGUGGAUUUAAGCAAGGACGAGACUUGCAUGAACGAAUGUACCGACUACAAAUUCACUAAAGAUGAGGGUUACACAGAAAGUCCUUUCUCUCCCACGCACUCCAGAUGCUCUGGUAACGUCCAUGAUUGCCGCUAUGUAGAGUCCGAUAUGAUGGUGUGUGAGGCGGAUGACAGCUCCGAUAGGCGGUACGAGUUCAUCCAGUACGAGAGCGGACUCGUGUACGGCCAAAAGGGCAUUUGCAGCAAUAGCUUUCACAAUGUAGAAAGCUGGCAUCGCUGGAUUUUCUGGAGAUGCAGCUACUGCCUGUGUUUGUGCGAUGAUACUAGCGAUCAGUCAGAUCGCUUCUUUAGCCUAAGACCUGUGCUAUCCGAUGUGCAGAGGAACAGAGUCGUGACGGGCGUGCAAUUUGUGAAGCGCAAUCGAAUUUUCCACCUGCAGAUACAGGAGGGUGUGCUCUUGCCACAUGGAAUCAUCAACCAUACCGAAUGGAAGCCCGUAGACGAGUUCAAAGUCUCCGGAAAGGGUGUGUGGAAGGACAUAGACUAUCACGAGCUGAGCUAUAAAAGUCGUUCCAUUGACCUGGAUGAGGUGAAAGUGGAAAACAAUUCUGUGGUUACCGGGCUGCGUUUCCAAGUGGUGGGAACCCAUCUUAACUUACAGGCCCGGUUCAGCGAGAUCGAUUUUGAGAGCGGCCAGCUAAGAGGGGAAAGCUUCUGGAAGUUAGGGGGCGGCGAUCAACCAAGGCAAAAAUUGCACCUGGAGAGUCCCAACGUGCCCACGCGAUCCAACUCUACAGUUCCACUUUCAAGCGAUAACCAGUACAUUGAUUUUAUCAAUACCGGAUUUAAAGAUGAUGCUGCCCAGACCACAGUGCCCUUUAUCGAUAUCCAGGAAGUAACCUCGGACUCACCGGUACCGCUCUCGGGAAUCGGUAUAUAUUACAAGGGCCUUCAUGGCUAUGGCGGCUUCCUGGCUCCCAAGCUCAUCACCUAUGACUACUCGCCCUACAUCCAAGUGCCCACAUGGGCUCCCUCUAGGGUGCCUGACGAAAAAACAUCAUCAUCGGAAAAUACAUCUUCAGAUAUUAAGAUAUCAUCAGAUGUAAAGAUAUUAUCAGAAGAAGAGACAUCAUCAGAUAAAAAUAUAUUAAGAGAUAAAAAGACAUCAUCAGAUGAAGAGCCAGAAAAUUAUGAUGAUUAUUAUAACGAAUAAAAACAAACGAAGUUUCUUCAACGAAACAGAAAAAAAGUUUCGCAAUAUAAAAUAAAUUUCCAAAAUUAGGAACCACACAGAAAAUUUUGAUAAAAACACUUUUUUGUACGAACUAAUAACAUUAUAGCUGAAAGUUAUUUAAUUAAAAAUGUAA